AUGGCUGCGGUGCCUGGAGCUGCGGGAACCUUAAGUGCCGCCGACAUUCUCUCUUCAACGCUUUAUACCCAACCGUACGACCGCCAGUUGCGCCUGUGGGGAGCUACUGGGCAGAUUGCCCUCGAAAACUCGCACAUACUCCUCAUAAAUUCUGGUCCAGGCGUUGUCGGCCUAGAGACGCUGAAGAAUUUGGUGCUUCCUGGCGCCGGCAACUUUACGAUACAAGAUUCAGCUGUGGUGGACGAGGCAGACUUGGGCAUAAACUUCUUCUUAGAAGAGUCGCAUCUAGGUGGCUUUCGCGCAGAGCAUACAUGUAAUCUGCUGAAGGAGCUCAACCCAGACGUGCAAGGCAACUUCAUAACUGAGCCCGUCGAAUCAUGGCUCAGCCAAGCCGACGCACUCAAACCAUACACCCUCAUCCUUGCGACCGCUCCCAUCCGACCCGAACUCCUCACCAAGCUCACCGCACACGCCGACCAAGCACUCGUCCCACUCUUCUACGUACACUCCGUAGGCUUCUACUCGCACUUCUCCGUACACCUACCACCAGCCUUCCCUAUCGUAGACACACACCCGAGCCCCGAGACCACAGCCGACCUACGGCUGCUGAAGCCGUGGCCGGAGUUACUCGAAUACGCAAAAGAGAAGACGAAGGACAUGGAAAACAUGGCCGCCGACGAUCACGGCCACAUACCGUACAUCGCCAUCUUAUUGCAUUGCUUAGAAGAGUGGAAGAAGGAACAUAACGGCGAGGCGCCAAAGAAUUACAAGGACAAGACCGCCUUUCGCGACCUCGUGAAGAAGGCAACACAAACAGACAACCCCGAAGGCGGAGAAGAGAACUUCGAGGAAGCCGUGUCAGCAGUCCUCAAAUCUCUCAACCCUCCAGAGCCAAGCAGUACCGUCAAGGACAUCUUCAAGGCCCCAGAGUGCGUCAUAAUACGCGAGAAUUCGGCGCCCUUCUGGGUCAUCGCACAUGCGAUCGGUCUCUUCUACACAAAGUACGGCGUGUUGCCAGUGCCGGGCGCGGUGCCGGAUAUGAAGGCGCGAUCGGCAGACUACAUCCAGCUGCAGAAUGUAUACAAGUCGAAAGCACGGAAAGAUCUCGCAGAGGUGCUAGAGAGCGUGCGGUUCCUGGAGCGCAAUGCAAAUAUGAGCACACACAUCGAGGAGAAGGACGUAGAAGCUUUCUGCAAGAACGCAGCGCAUAUCAAGCUUGUUCGAGGGCGGCCGUUCCACAUCGUGCCAGCGGAGGGGGACUUGAAGUUCGGAUCGAACGCCAAAUCGCUAGCACAAAAGCUCACCUUUCCCGACGCUCUUAUCCCCAUAUACAUCGCCUUCCUCGCCUGGGACAAAUUUACCGCAACGCACACCCUCGACGGCCUCGCGGGCGCUCCCAGACCCCCUGGUUCCUCCGACGCAGAAGUCGAAUCUGACACUGAGAAGGUGACCAGUAUUGCGCUCAAGCUCAUUGAUAGCUUGGUCAAAGAGGCGAAGUACACGAUAGACGAGGAGGAGUACGAUACCAUCAGGACGCAGAUCGGCGAGCUAGCGCAAGAGCUCGUGCGAGCGGGAGGCGGCGAGUUACACAAUAUCGGCGCACUGACGGGUGGCAUUGUAAGCCAGGAGGUUAUCAAGGUCAUUACCGAGCAGUACGUGCCCGUGGACAACACGUGUGUGUUCGAUGGCGUGAGGAGUAAGUCGAGUGUGUUUAAGGUAUAG